AUCAACUAACACGCUUUGUCUCUGUACCUGCGCUGUUGCUCCCUGCAUCGUCGCCCGCCCUCGUCACUCUGCCGCUGAGUCGAUUCUACCGGAGCUCAACAACAAGCCCAACCCACCGCUGACCCCGCUAUUGGCCACUCGACCAGCAGACACCGCUCCCACUACAUCAUUCCCCAUCGAUCACCCAUCCACCACCCUCGACGUUGGCGGCGCUAUCUCACCACGGCCCUACUACCAGCUCGACAGAUCGCUUACUGAAUACAUAUACACCAUUCUUUAACCAGCACAUCGGAGCACUAGCUACCCUUGAUCGCACGCCGCUGCUGCUCCGCAAUCCUUGUCUAGAAUCAUGGUAGAAGCCGAAGGCAACCCCACGACGUGGAAGUUCACACAAUGCUUCGGCGACAAAGGCGAUGUUGAAGAUAUAACCGAAGCCGACAUCAUCUCAACCGUCGAGUUCGACCAGACGGGCAAUUACCUCGCAACUGGUGACAAGGGUGGCCGUGUGGUCCUGUUCGAAAGGAACGAGACGAAAAAAACCUGCGAGUACAAGUUCCACACCGAGUUCCAAUCGCACGAGCCUGAGUUCGAUUACCUGAAGUCUCUCGAGAUCGAAGAGAAGAUCAAUAAGAUCAAGUGGUGCCGCCGGCAAAACGCCUCACACUACCUGCUCUCCACAAAUGACAAGACAAUCAAGCUAUGGAAGGUAUUUGAGAAGUCGCUAAAAGUGGUGGCGGAGAACAACCUGUCGCAUGAGUUGACACCUGGAGGUGGGGUUGCUGGUGGAGGCGGUCCCGUCAGGAACCCGAACGCACAGUUCCGCAGCGCCACCGACCUGAAGCUUCCACGGCUCACACACCACGACACAGUUGUUGCUGCAGUACCACGAAAGACGUAUGCGAACGCACACGCCUACCACAUCAACAGCAUAUCGGUCAACAGCGAUGGAGAGACAUUCAUUAGUAGCGACGAUUUGCGAAUCAACCUCUGGAACCUCAACAUCCAAGACCAGAGCUUCAACAUUGUCGAUAUCAAGCCGGCCAACAUGGAAGAGCUUACAGAGGUCAUCACGGCUGCGGAAUUCCAUCCGAUCAGCUGCAAUUGGUUCAUGUACGCAAGUUCCAAGGGCACGAUCAAGCUGGCCGACAUGCGCGAGAGUGCAUUGUGCGACCAGCAUGCGAAGCAAUUCGAACAGGAGGAAGACCCAUCUUCGCGAUCCUUCUUCUCCGAGAUCAUCUCAUCCAUCUCUGACGUACGGUUUUCUCAUGACGGGCGAUACAUCUUGUCACGCGACUAUUUGACAGUCAAGAUCUGGGAUGUCAACAUGGAGAAGUCCCCAGUCAAGACGAUUCCUAUUCACGAGCAUCUCCGACCAAGGCUCUGCGACACCUACGAAAACGACAGCAUCUUCGACAAAUUCGAGGUCGUUUUCUCUGGAGACGCGAAAAAUGUCAUGACUGGCAGUUACAACAACAACUUCAUGAUAUACCCGUCUGACAACGACAAAGAUACCGAGGUAGUAUUACAGGCAGAUAAGUCUGCCUUCAAAGCCAAGAAGGUUGGAAUUCCAACACCCAUGAACUCGUCGACAAGCCCGACAGGUAGCAACACAAGUAAGAAGGGUGGUUCGAGAGCCGGCAGCCCCGCUGCUGGUGCAGUUGGACAAGGGCAACGUAUGAGGAAGGAAACAGACGCAGACCAGAUCGACUUCAACAAGAAGAUCUUACACAUGAGCUGGCAUCCAUUCGAAGACAGCAUCGCUAUCGCGGCAACAAACAACCUUUUCGUCUUCUCCGCAUUGUAAGGACAGUCUUGAUUCACGAAUAUCGCCAGAGGAUACAUGUAAACCGGAGCAUUAGCCUGUUAGGUUCUUGGUCAUCUUUACCCUUCCAUCUUCCUUUCAAUGUUGGCAGCAGCCUGCCAGGCGGCGCUAGGAUGAUAGAACAGGAGCAUUCUUGGCGAAUUGGCGUGAGAAUGCAGAUGAGGGACGUCGCAACGUGGUCAACGACCGGACAGCUGCAGAUCAGUGUAGAUUGCAACACCACUAUAAUGACUCUGAGUGGUGCAGAGAAAGAAUAAAAGAAACUAUAAAUAAUGAGUGUUGGUCUCACAUUGCAUGAGGCAGCCCUCGAAGUGCUGGGCCAAAUCUAACAAU